GGAAGCGGUGCCUUCUGUGAGGUGGAAACGCCGUGGCUGCAACCCGACGCGUCCGGGAGCGCAGACUCCUACCUUUUCUCCUCGCUCGAGUGUCGGCGCUGAGAGGCGGCGGCCGGCGGGAUGGAGAGAAGUAGGAUGAACCUGCCCAAGGGGCCGGACACGCUCUGCUUCGACAAGGACGAGUUCAUGAAGGAAGAUUUCGACGUCGAUCAUUUUGUGUCUGACUGUAGGAAGCGUGUCCAGCUGGAGGAACUAAGAGGAGAUCUGGAACUCUACUAUAAACUUCUUAAAACAGCCAUGGUUGAGCUCAUCAACAAGGAUUACGCAGAUUUUGUCAACCUUUCCACAAACUUGGUUGGCAUGGACAAAGCCCUCAAUCAGCUUUCUGUGCCUUUGGGACAGUUACGAGAAGAAGUUCUGAGUCUCAGGUCAUCUGUCAGUGAAGGAAUUCGGGCAGUAGAUGAACGAAUGUGUAAACAAGAGGACAUAAGGAAGAAAAAGAUGUGUGUGUUGAGGCUUAUACAAGUUAUUCGAUCAGUUGAAAAGAUUGAAAAAAUCUUAAAUUCACAAAGUUCUAAAGAAACCUCUGCACUAGAAGCAAGCAGCCCUCUCUGGACUGGACAGAUUUUGGAGAGAAUUGCCACAGAAUUUAACCAGUUACAGUUUCAUGCUGUUCAGAGCAAAGGCAUGCCUCUUCUGGACAAAGUAAGACCACGUAUAGCCGGCAUUACAGCCAUGCUGCAGCAGUCCCUGGAAGGCCUGCUGCUAGAAGGGCUUCAGACUUCCAAUGUGGACAUUAUACGGCACUGCCUACGGACCUAUGCUACAAUUGACAAGACACGGGACGCAGAGGCAUUAGUCGGUCAAGUACUGGUGAAACCGUACAUGGAUGAGGUGAUCGUAGAGCAGAUCGUUGAGUCUCAUCCGGACGGCCUGCAGAUCAUGUAUGCUAAGCUCCUGGAGUUCGUUCCUCACCACUGCUGCCUUCUUCGAGAGGUCACAGGAGGAGCCAUCUCAAGUGAAAAAGGCAAUACUGUUCCUGGAUAUGACUUUUUGGUGAACUCUGUGUGGCCAGAAAUAGUACGAGGAUUAGAAGAAAAAUUGCCUUCUCUUUUUAAUCCCGGGAAUCCUGAUGCAUUUCACGAGAAAUACACCAUAAGUAUGGAUUUUGUGAGAGCGUUUGAACAGCAGUGUGGAUCCCAGGCCAGUGUGAGGAGACUAAGAGCUCAUCCUGCCUAUCACAGCUUCAAUAAUAAGUGGAAUUUACCUGUUUAUUUUCAAAUAAGAUUCAGAGAGAUCGCAGGAUCCUUAGAAGCAGCACUCACAGGUGUGCUGGCGGACGCCCCAGCCGGCAGUCCCUUUUGCCUCCUGGCUUCUCACAGGACGUGGAGCGGCCUGCAGCGGUGCUGGUCAGCCGAGAUGUUCCUCCCGGGGCUGACGCAUCGGCUGUGGAGGCUCACGCUGCAGCUUUUGGCUCGGUACUCGGGCUUCGUCCGCGAGCUUUUACUCAGGCCCAUCUCUAAUGAAAGUGCCAAGGAUAUCAAAAAGCCUUUGGUAACUGGUAGCAAAGACCCUUCAGUUACCCAAGGAAAUGGUGAAGACCAAGGAAGUGGCCCUUCAGAAACAAAGCCCACGGUCUCCGUUUCCAGUACGCAGCUCGUGUAUGUGGUCGCAGACCUGGACAAGCUUCAGGAGCAGCUUCCAGAACUCUUGGAAACAAUCAAGCCAAAACUUGAAAUGAUUGGCUUUAAGAAUUUUUCUUCUAUCUCAGCAGCCCUGGAGGACUCCCAGACGUCUCUGUCAGCCUGUGUUCCUGCCUUGAGUAAAAGAAUCAUCCAAGACUUAAGUGAGUCUUGUUUCAGUUACCUGAAAAGUGCCCUGGAGGUCCCCAGGCUUUACCGAAGAACCAAUAAGGAGGUGCCCACAGCAGCCUCCUCGUACGUGGACAGUGCUCUGAAGCCCUUUCACCAGCUUCAGAGCGGGCACAAAGAUAAGCUCAAACAGGCAAUAAUUCGGCAGUGGCUGGAAGGCGCCCUUUCUGAGAGCACUCAUAAGUAUUACGAAACUGUGUCAGACGUCCUGAGCUCGGUGAGGAAAAUGGAGGAGAGCCUGAAAAGACUGAAACAAGCCAGGAAAAGCACUCCCACCAACCCCAUCGGUCCCAGCGGCGGCGGCAUGAGUGACGAUGACAAAAUCCGGCUGCAGUUGGCCUUGGAUGUGGAGUACCUGGGAGAGCAGAUUCAAAAGAUGGGCCUGGCGACAAAGGACAUAAAGAGCUUCUCUGCCCUCACGGAGCUGGUUGCCGCCGCCAAGGACCAGGCAACAGCAGAACAGUCGUGAGCAUUUUGGAAGAGCCCACGGGAAGGGGAGAACAGGCCGUGGAGCCCAAGGGGAGGAAAGCGGCUCUGUCCCCUCCCCAAGUCUCCAUGGCCCAGAAGUGGUGCACCGUGUCUCCAGCCACACGCCACCACCAACACCACUGCUCUCCGCACAUCCGGUGUCCUGUCACCCGAGCAGAACACAGAAGCCUUUUUCCGUUGUAUGGAAGAUCGUUUUUAAGACACUUGAAACUUUCUACUAUAGUUUACAGAGCAAAUUAUUUUAUUUUUAUUGUAAAUCUUAGCAUGGAAGAGCCGAUUUCUAAAACGGGACUCCAGUAUAUAGAGCCGCCGGGGACUGCGGAAAGUUGGCCCCAGGACCGGCCUCGGGGAGCGCCCGCCUGCAGGGGGACCGCGCGUGCAGGGGACGAUGCUCUGAGGGAGGUGGGAAGCCGCACUCCUCCGUCUGCCGGCGCGAAGCAGGAGGAGAAACGCGUUUCCUGAAUAAAAGACGUGUCUGCCGAAAGCA